AUGACGACAGAAGAUAAUGUUCCGGAGGAGUAUGUUUCAGCGGAGGAGUACGCAAGAGUGCGUGACGAUUACUGGCGUGUUGUGAGAGAAUCUGAAGGCUUUGAUCUAGAGGAUGUUUCAAUUCCACCAUAUAUGUGUGGAACACCAAUUUGUGGGACAAACUAUCAGCUAUCUUCCCUAAUCAAAUUCAACGUGACGAUGAACUGUGUGAGCUCGUACUACCUGACCUUGUUAGCACACGAUCCAGAUGUUAGCCCAACGGUUAAGACCUUUCAGGUUCGGAUUGAUGAAAAAUCGUUUGGGCGUUUGGAUUUUACUUGCUCUGUUGCUAGACUCAAAGAAGAAGCUAAAGAUGAAGAAACUAGUGCUGAUGAUUCGGAGCCGUCGAAAGAGAGACUCAAGGGCAAAAGUGCACACGUUUACAUAACCUUCAAGGGCUUGGAUGAGCCUCAAGCUCCGCGACAGAGUUUUGAAUUUGGUGAACAUGUUGAGCGGAGAGCUAUAGUUAGAAGAGUCAUCUGUGAGAGUACAUGA